AUGGUUCAGUCCGCUGUUCUUGGUUUCCCCCGCAUGGGUGUGAACCGUGACCUCAAGAAGGCUACCGAGGCUUACUGGGCCGGCAAGAUCUCCCAGUCCGACCUCCUCGCCGAGGCCAAGCGUCUCCGUCUUGCCCACUGGAAGAUCCAGCAGGAUGCCGGUGUCGACUCCAUCCCCAGCGGUGACUUUGCCCUGUACGACCACAUCCUGAACCACAUCCAGGACUUUGGUGCUGUUCCCGAGCGUUACACCAAGGAUGGCCUUGAUAACGUCGACGAGUACUUCGCCAUGGGCCGUGGCCACCAGAAGGACGGCAUUGACGUCCCCUCCCUGGAGAUGGUCAAGUGGUUCGACUCCAACUACCACUACGUCAAGCCCACCCUCCAGAACAACCAGACCUUCAAGCUGGCUGCCAACCCCAAGGUUGUCGCCAACUUCCUCGAGGCCAAGGAGGCUGGCUUCAAGACCCGCCCCGUCCUCGUCGGCCCCGUCACCUUCCUCCACCUCGGAAAGGCCGACCGUGAGCAGACUGUCGACCCCAUUGACCUGCUCGACAAGCUCGUGCCCGUCUACGAGCAGCUCCUGACCCAGCUCAAGGAAGCUGGUGCCGAGACUGUCCAGAUCGACGAGCCCUCGCUGGUCUUUGACCUUCCUGCCAAGACCAAGGCUGCUUUCAAGCCUACCUACGAGAAGUUCGCCAGCCUGGGUGACAAGAUCCCCAAGCUCGUCUUCACCACCUACUUCGGCGACAUCGUCCACAACCUCGAGGCCAUCCCCCAGAACAUCUACGGUGUCCACGUCGACCUCGUCCGCAACCCCGAGCAGCUCGACACCAUCGCUGGCGCCAUUGGCCCCAACACCGUCCUCUCUGCCGGCGUCGUUGACGGCCGCAACAUCUGGAAGACCAACUUCAAGCGUGCUAUCGAGAUCGUCGAGACGGCCAUCCAGAAGCUCGGCAAGGACCGCGUCAUUGUCGCCACCUCCAGCUCUCUCCUCCACACCCCCCACACCCUCGCCAGUGAGAAGAAGCUGGACGCCGAGAUUGCCGACUGGUUCUCCUUCGCCUCCGAGAAGGCCGUCGAGGUUGCCGUCAUCGCCAAGGCCGUGACCGAGGGUCCUGCCGCUGUCCGCGAGCAGCUCGAGGCCAAUGCCAAGUCGAUGCAGUCCCGUGCCACCUCCAAGAGGACCAACAACCCCGAGGUCAAGGCCCGCCAGGAGAAGGUCACCGAGGCCGACCACAACCGCAAGUCUGACUUCACCGUCCGCAUUGCCCAGCAGCAGGCCAAGCUCAAGCUCCCUCUCUUCCCCACCACCACCAUCGGUUCUUUCCCCCAGACCAAGGACAUCCGUCUCCAGCGCAGCAAGUUCACCAAGGGUGAGAUUACUGAGGCCGAGUAUGACGGCUUCAUCCAGAAGGAGAUCCGUGAGAACGUCAAGAUCCAGGAGGAGCUUGGUCUCGACGUCUUCGUCCACGGCGAGCCCGAGCGCAACGACAUGGUCCAGUACUUUGGCGAGCGCAUAGACGGUUACGCCUUCACCACCCACGCCUGGGUCCAGAGCUACGGCUCGCGCUGCGUCCGUCCCCCUAUCAUUGUCGGUGACCUAUCCCGCCCCGCCCCCAUGACGGUCAAGGAGUCCAAGUACGCCGUCUCCGUUUCCAGCAAGCCCAUGAAGGGUAUGCUUACCGGCCCCGUCACCUGCCUGCGGUGGUCUUUCCCCCGUGACGACGUCCACCAGUCCGUCCAGGCCCAGCAGCUUGCCCUGGCCCUCCGCGACGAGGUCAUCGACCUCGAGAAGGCCGGCGUCGACGUCAUCCAGAUCGACGAGCCUGCCCUGCGCGAGGGUCUCCCUCUCCGCUCUGGCGAGGAGCGUACCAAGUACCUCGAGUGGGCCGUCAAGGCUUUCCGCCUAUCCGCAUCUGGUGUUGAGGACUCUACCCAGAUCCACUCUCACUUCUGCUACUCCGAGUUCCAGGACUUCUUCUACGCAAUUGCUGCCCUCGACGCCGACGUCCUGUCCAUCGAGAACAGCAAGUCGGAUGCCAAGCUCCUCAAGGUCUUCGUUGACGAGGCCUACCCCCGCCACAUCGGCCCUGGUGUCUACGACAUCCACUCUCCCCGUGUCCCCAGCGAGCAGGAGAUCAAGGAUCGCAUCGCCGAGAUGCUCCAGCACCUCAAGCCUGAGCAGCUCUGGAUCGACCCCGACUGCGGUCUCAAGACCCGUAACUGGAAGGAGACCAAGGAGGCCCUCGUCAACAUGGUCAACGCCGCAAAGGCCUUCCGUGCCCAGUACGCCAAAUAA